AUGGUCGACGAGGCGUACCUUGCUUGCGGAGCUGCAGAUGCACUGAUGAACUGGGGGCUACCUCGCGAUCAACUGAACGCGUAUAGAAGAGAAUAUGACACGCAUCACGCGCGCGCACAAAUCCUCAUCAACGAAGCGCUCGAUGAAUUCAGGAGAGCAGGUGAGGAGGAGAGGGAUCGCGACGUGCUACCAUUGUAUUACGCUGCGUUUCUGUUCCACGCCGCCGCAGCCUGCGCACAAGAGGAAAAUGCCCUCCUCUACCUCAACCUAGCGGAGCACGCAUUCAGUCUUCUCGAUGCUCAUACCACUGAAUUCCCUCUCGGUAUGCAGCGGUACAAGCAAGAUGAUUUGCGCAAAGGCAACUGGGGGGUGCGCCUGACCCUCAAGCAUAAUAAAAAUGACAACGGCAUGGAUGUUGGACCUUAUUUCUUUGUCCUUGCCGAGGCGCGAAAGAAGCACGAUGAGGAAGAACAACGGAUGAUGUAG